CGAGGGUAUUUUAUUUGACACGUACUUGGUGUCCAUGCAUUUUAACCGUUCGAAUGCGGCAACAUUUUUGAUCCAUUCGUCCUACGAAAAUGCCGCCAAAGAAGAAGGAAGAAGCCCCCAAGGUGUACCUCGGCCGUCCCACGAACAACGUGAAGAUUGGUAUCGUUGGCUUGCCUAACGUUGGCAAGUCCACGUUCUUCAACACGGUGUCCAAGCUGAACAUUCCCGCGGAAAACUUUCCUUUUUGCACGAUUGAGCCAAACCAGGCCAUGAUCCCAGUACCCGAUCAGCGCUUCACGUGGUUGUGCGAAAAGUACAAGCCCGCGUCGGAAGUCCCGCCUGUCCUUGCGAUCACGGAUAUCGCCGGGUUGGUCAAGGGUGCCGCCGAAGGCGCCGGUCUCGGUAAUGCCUUUUUGUCGCACAUUCAAGCUGUUGAUGCAAUCUACCACAUGGUUCGCGCUUUCGACUCGAAGGACGUGACUCACGUCGAAGGCAACGUCGACCCCGUGCGCGACAUGGAAAUCAUCUUGCACGAGCUCCGCCUUAAGGAUAUUGACCGCGUGAGCAAGCAAGCCGAAGGCAUGCGCAAAAAUGUCGAACGCGGUCUCGGUGGCAAGGAGAAGAAGAUGGAGUACGAAGCGUUAUUGAAGGCAUUGGAGUGGCUCCAAUCCGGGAAGGACAUCUCGUUCGGCCAGUGGAGUGCUUUUGAAGUGGACAUCUUGAAUACGUUGCAGCUCUUGACUGCCAAGCCUGUCGUGUUCCUUGUGAACGUAAGCAAGAAAGACUACCUCCGCAAGGGCAACAAGUACCUCCCUGCUAUCGCCGAAUUUGUCGCGGCGCGUGGCGGUAACGAGACGGUCUUGCCCAUCUCGUGCGAAUUUGAAAUGGAAAUGGUUGACUUGGACAUUUCCGGCCAAGGCGAUGCCUACCGCGAGGCGAACCCGACGCACAAGAGCGUGCUGAACCGAGUCAUCCGUCUCGGGUAUCACGCGCUUGGACUCAUUCACUUUUUCACGGCCGGUAAAGACGAAGUCCGUGGGUGGACGUUGCGUAAGGGACGCAAGGCGCCUCAGGCUGCCGGUGUUAUCCAUUCGGAUUUCGAAAAGGGAUUCAUCAUGGCGGAAGUCCAGUCCUUUGCCGACCUCAAAGAAUGUACGACUGCGAUCUGUGCUGACGGAGAAGUUGAGUUUUCGUGCUUCUUGUAGAUGGAUCGGAAGAAGCGGUGAAGAAGGCGGGCAAGUUGAAGCAACAGGGCAAGAACUACGAAAUCGAAGACGGCGACAUCAUUUUCUUCAAGUUCAACAACUAAGCAACAGCUCUCGAGUUGCUCUCGAACGCAUCUCUCCAUUUUAUUUUGUUGCAAGCAAUGUCCCGUUGAAAUAUUAUUCCAAUAUUCGGCGAAUUCGCUUGGUUCUUAUUCG